CCAAAAGGCUGCAGGACCCGAGCUGAGUGUUUUGUUGUCAGCUUGAACAUGGACGAAUCUGACCGUUAACUUCCCGGCACCGUCGACGGCUCUCUCACUCCCGACACUCUCGUGAACUUGGUCGUGAAAGAUGGCACACAGGACCGAGGCCGGCGCGCUCUCUCCCUCCGACUCCCAUGCUGCGGCAGCUCGCUCGGACAGCGACCAGACCCCAACCAACGCGCCAAAGACUGAAGAGAAGCCGCCGUCUCGACCCAAGCGGAUAUGGACCGCCCUCGGCCUGGAUCCGGUGACUCUGCUGCUGAUGUUCAAAGGCUCACUUCCCCCGACCAUCGGCAUCGCCAUCUAUCAAGCGAGAGGUGUCCAACAGGUCUACGGCAACACCGGCUAUCUCGUCGCCAUCACCAGCGUCCUGGCGUUAUGCAUCAUGCCCCGGGGCAAGUUCCUGCAGAAUCUCGCCAUCAACGUCGUCGCCAUCUGCUUGGCAUCCGCCGUCAAUCUGCUCGCGUUGUUCUGUGUCGUCAAGGCGCGCACUGAAAGCACGCCUCCCGGCCCUCGUUCGACCAUCCCGACCUACAAUGCCACUGCGAGCACCGUGUGUGCCAUAUGGCUGAUUUUCCAGACAUAUGUCAUCAAUGCGGCCCGGGCAUCGCGGCCGCAGCUUCAGUUCGCCGUCAUCAUCUAUUCCAUCUUCACCAUCGUCCUGCUGACAUAUGGAGUCACGUUUCCGAGUAUCGCCGUUGCAACCGCCUUCGUGAAGUCGUUACUGCAAACCUUUCUCACCGGCAUGGGCUUGGCCACUGCCGUACACUUUGUCGUGUUUCCAUUGAGCUCGCGCACGGUCGUCAUGAAGGAGUGGACCGGGUACUUCAUGCUCCUCAACGGCUCUCUGAAGGCUCAACUCGGAUAUAUGGCAUCGAUCGCAGACGUCGACCCGCGGAAACUGCGGGAGGAGCAUGAGCGAGCAGAUGAACAUGCUGCAGCAAAGCAAGGAAAGCACGCCAAACCGCCCAAAAGCCACACGGCGUUGGAAACACCUGCCGCGCUCAAAUACCUGGAAGUCCGAAGGAAACUGGUGGAGCUGCACACCAAGAUCGAGGGCGACAUUGUCCCAGCCAAGCGUGAAUUUGCCUUGGGGAAAUUGGAGUCGCAUGAUCUCACCGAGAUCUGGAGGCUCUUGAAACAAAUCUUCCUUCCUAUCUUGGGACUUGGGUCGAUGGUCAGCAUUCUCGACCAACAAGCCGAAGAACGUGGGUGGGCGCGAGAGGAUGGAACGGAUGAGGAGAAACUGGCGAGGCAUCAACAGCUCGACAAUCUACACUUUCUCGUCAGAGAGCUACAAGCCCCUUUCUCGACGCAGGUGGCGAACAUCGAACAGGCCAUCCAGCAUAUCAUGGUGACUUUGGAGCUAGUCAAGCCGCCGAAGAAAGAAAAACAACCUGAUGAGGAAAAUGCUGCCGACUCCAGCCCACGUCCGGGUACAUCGGCCUUCACAGAAGCAUUCAAAACGAAGAUUGACGAGUUUUACGCUUCAAAGGAGAAGACGCUGAGAGAUUGGUGUCAUGAGCACGGCGUCGAUCUACCGGAUGAUUUCUUCCACGGCCCAACGAGCUGGCAACCUCCAGAUGAUUUACUCAGGGAUGAGAGCAUGCGUGUGACAUAUCAGCGGCAACUGUUUUUCACGCUGUAUCUGGAAUACCUGCUUUGGCGCGUGAGCACCAGCGUGCUGGAUCUGAUGCUCUAUUUGGACAAGAGAAGGCAAGACGGCAUCUUCAAGAGAAAGCGGGUCAUCUUCCCCGGAUCAAAGACAUUGUACAAAUGGUUCAAGGCGACGUUUGGCCGGGAGGAUCUCAGUCAUGAAGACUCCUAUAUCGCCGACUGGGAUGUAUCCGGGGCCCAGGCGCCUUUCUUGGGCCAAGACUUCGACCGCAAGAAGGAUCCGGAGCAUCUGCCUCCUCGUAAUGCGAGGGAGAAAGUGGGGGACGCUCUUCGGGUUGUCCCUCGCUUCCUAGGGAGCGAAGAGUCACUCCACGGUGCGCGUGUCGCCGCUGCUACCAUGAGCGUCGGCGUUAUCUGUUACGUCAGUGGUUCACAGUUUUUCUUCCUACGACAGAGAUUUCUUUGGUCCCUCAUCAUGGUAGCCAUCAGCAUGACCCGUACUGCUGGUCAAAGUAUUAUGCAGUUUGGCCUUCGAGUGGUCGGCACAGUCAUCGCUACAAUCGGCGCCUAUAUUGUAUAUUACAUUGUCGAUGGCAAACCUGCUGGGGUGAUUGUUUUUCUGUGGGUGUGGAUAUUCCUUUCAAUGUACAUCGUGGUGAAGCAUCAGCCGUUUGCCAUUGCGGGAAUUCUCGCUCUCGUCACCGUCAUAAUCAUCGUUGGCUACGAGCUUCAAGUGCAAGCAGUUGGUGUCAAGGCUGCAGAAUCGAACGGCCAGCCGGCCUACCCAGCCUACGUACUGGCGCCGUAUCGGCUAGCGACUGUCAUAGCAGGCCUCUUCGUUGCUUUCAUUUGGACCAUUUUCCCCUUCCCAGUCUCCGAGAGCACGAUCAUCCGAAAGGACGUUGCCAGUGCUACAUAUCUCAUGUGUCAUUUCUACACUAUCGUGCACGAGAGCGUAUCAGCUCGGGUUAUGAAUACCGGAGGCGAUAUCAAUAUCAAGGGCACUCAUGCAUACAAUCUUGACAAGGCGCGAGCAAGGGUCUUUGGUCAGCUUCUCUCGCUGCUCACGAGACUGAGGAUGAACACGGCCUUUUCAAAAUUCCAGGUACAACUAGGUGGACGCUUUCCUCGCCACACCUACGAAGAAUUAAUAGCUUGCCUUCAACGACUCGCCAUAUGGAUGUCGCUGGCGGCAUACACUUCGACGACCUUUCAGCCGCGAGCAAAAGACGGGACACUGACCGAAUGGUCCUCCGACUUCCGCCAGCUCCUUUCCAAACUCACGGUCAACUCCAACAAAAUCACCUCCCUCCUCUCCCUCAUGUCCUCCAGCCUGGCCAACGCGCAGCCACUCCCGCCCUACCUCGACAUCCCGGAGCCCUUUCAGUUUGUCAAGCUGAUAGAGUCAGUGGACAAGGACAUCCUCAGCAUUCGACACCUCGUGGAGCCGGAAUAUAGUGCUUUCGCCGUGCUGCAGAUUGUGUCGCAGCGCAUAAACAACGACCUCGCAAAAUUGGUGUCACUCACGCAAGAUCUCGUGGGCGAGAUUGACUUUACGUUCCAUGCGCUCAACAACAGCUCCAUUCAGUCGAUCGCCUCCUCGUCAGAGUCAAGUGACGACAAGGGAAAGGUGCACUGAGUUGAUGAAUCUGCCUGGCUAUGUAAAAUUGGACGCUGUUGCGGUCUUGCCGAAAUAAUUCAUCAGAUUGUUCUUCUGUCCCGAGUCAAUCGCCCCCACCCUCGUCUUUUUGUUCGGGCUACUCUCAGUGUCUUUCUUGGGUGGUUUGACACCGAUCUGCAUGUU